AUGCGCUCCGCAGCCAAAUUUUUUUAUUUGGCAGUAUUUGCCCUGUCGAGGCUUUCCAAUGCCGAGACUGGGCUGCACCAUAACCAGGACAAGUGUGCGAUUGACCCCACUGCCAUGGUGUCCGACGCUUGUGUCUCCUACGCCACCAUCGAUCAUCUGAACGAUCAAGUCUACACCCUCCUCCAAUCCAUCACGCAAGAUACCGAUUUCUUCUCGUACUACCGUCUGAACCUCUUCAACAAAGUCUGUCCGUUCUGGAACGAUGCGAAUAGCAUGUGCGGGAACAUCGCAUGCUCCGUCAACACAAUCGAGUCCGAGGACGACAUCCCGUUAACAUGGCGCGCGGAGGAGCUUAGUAAACUCGAGGGACCCAAAGCAGGCCAUCCGGGCCGCAAUCAGCGAAAGGAGCGACCUCUUAAUCGACCGCUCCAGGGAAUGCUAGGUGAAAAUGUUAAAGAGAGUUGUGUGGUGGAGUAUGAUGAUGAAUGUGACGAACGGGACUACUGUGUUCCCGAAGAUGAGGGUGCUAGCGGCAAGGGAGACUAUGUCAGUCUCGUUGAUAAUCCAGAGCGGUUCACGGGGUACGCCGGUAUGGGCGCUCACCAGGUUUGGGACGCAAUCUAUCGGGAGAAUUGCUUCCUCAAACCGGUGCCAGAGCUGUCACCUGUGACCCCUCAGCUGGGUGGUCUUCAAGCGGUCAAUGAUUUCCGUCAUGUGCUCCAACAGGAGCUGAAGCGCCCCGACCUGCUUCCCUUGGACAAUGAGUGUCUCGAGAAGCGCGUGUUCCAUCGUCUUAUCAGUGGAAUGCAUGCGUCUAUCUCGACCCAUCUUUGCUGGGAUUACCUCAAUCAGACGACGGGGCAAUGGCAUCCCAACCUUCAAUGUUUCAAAGAUCGCCUCCACGACCACCCGGAGCGCAUCUCGAACCUGUACUUCAACUACGCGCUGGUUUCGCGGGCCGUGGCGAAGUUGCAGAAACACCUACACAACUACAACUACUGCGUCAGUGAUCCAAUCCAGGAUGCUAUGACUAGGGAGAAGGUCUCCAAGUUGACCUCGACCUUGGCUGAUCGCCCUCAAAUUUUCGACGAGAACCUCAUGUUCCAGGACCCCAGCGCUGCUGGCUUGAAGGAAGACUUCCGCAACCGAUUCCGCAACGUCAGUCGCCUGAUGGACUGUGUCGGAUGCGAUAAAUGCCGCCUCUGGGGCAAGCUUCAAGUGAAUGGGUAUGGCACCGCUCUGAAGGUGCUGUUCGAGUACGACGAGACCAAGAAUGGCGAGAACCCGUUGCUGCGCCGGACUGAGCUGGUGGCACUGAUCAACACCCUUGGUCGCAUUUCUCACAGCAUUGCGGCCGUCCGGAGUUUCCACCGGGCCAUGGAUGUGGGCGAUGGGGAGGUCUUCACCAUUCCCGCAAGCAUUGCGUCCAAGGAUCGCAGUGGCAAGAAGAAGACCCGACGACUUCUCAAAGACGGUGGCUCGACCUUCUACUACGAGGAUGGCGAUGAUGACAACUUUGUAUACAUCACCGAGAAGCUUCCGUGGGAGAAGGUCCGAGUACGCCGCGACACGGAUACGGCCUGGGACGACAUGAAGGCUGAGCUCUCUAUGAUCGGGGACAUUCUCGUCUACGUGCUGAAGAGCUGGGUCAAUGCACCGAAGACAUUCUUUGAAAUCGCCGUCCUGGAAAUCGCUCGGGUAUGGAACUACUGGCUGGGUCUGCCUGUGCCACCACGGUCCUGGAGGAUCCAGCUCCCCAAGCGACCCACCCCUCCGACACCCCCGACCCAUGAGGAGCUUUAG